AUGAAGUCACUCAUACGGGCCGGAGGACGGCCUAAUGUGGAUCGGGCGGAGCGGCGUAGAGGAAGAACAGGCGGUGUAGGAGGUGUCGACUGGGCUGUAGCUGUAGACGAAGACCCAGAAGAGGCGCUCGAGGGACUCGACGACGCGGAGUGGGAAGAAGAUCCCGAUGUGCUCGACGCUCCAUACGAAGAGUCGCGACUCGUGGAACCCGACGAGGAAGAGGGACUACCAUGCCCCGAAGCAGUAGGUGAGGUGGGCUCACCGUGGGUACCGGAACUCGUGGAACUGGAAUCAGUAGUAAGUUCGAGAGGGAUCGAAGGAGUAGUUUCAAAACUCGGCCAGUUCUGCAGGAAGGCUAAAGUCUCGGCAGUGCUAGCCUCAGUAGGUGAUGAAUGA